AGCGCCAGCGAGUCAGUGGCUCAGACGCUCAGUGCGGUGACGGAGUGACAGCUCACCGUCUCCCUCCGCGUCGACGGUCGCUACCAUUUCCCUCCUCCCCACCGUCUUUUUUCUCGCUCCCCGAUUCCAGCGACUCAGCUCGCCGCGCCACAGUGUUGAGUUGUUUCGUCUGUAAGGAGAGAGACCACCCAAGACCACGAUGUCGGGGACGCGAGGGGCGGCAUUGCUGCUGCUUCUGCUAGCCACUUUGGCGGCGGCGGUGAUGGCGGGCGGCGAGAAGGUCUGCGACAAGGGGUGGGAGUGCAGCGGCAGCCGGUUCUGCUGCAACGAGACCAUCGGCGACUUCUUCAAGGCGUACCAGUUCGAGGAGCUCUUCCCCAAGCGCAACUCCGAUCUCGCCCACGCCGCCGGCUUCUGGGAUUACAAGGCCUUCAUCACCGCCGCCGCGCUCUUUGAGCCCCGCGGGUUCGGCACCACUGGAGGCAAGGAGAUGGGCAUGAUGGAGGUCGCCGCCUUCCUUGGCCACGUCGGCGCCAAGACAUCCUGUGGAUACAACGAAGCGCCUGAUGGUGAAACAGCUUGGGGGCUUUGCUACAACCAUGAAUUGAGCCCAAGCCAGAGCUAUUGUGACGAUAGCAAUGAAUUAUACCCUUGUGUUGAAGGAGUUGAGUACUAUGGUCGAGGUGCUCUUCCUGUUUACUGGAACUACAACUAUGGUAUCGUCGGGAAGGGUAUCAAGCAGGAUUUGUUGAACCACCCAGAGCUACUGGAACAGAAUGCCACACUUGCAUUUGAAGCAGCCAUUUGGAGGUGGAUGACUCCAAUGAAGAGGAAGCAGCCAUCUGCUCAUGAUGUGUUUGUUGGUAACUGGAAACCCACCAAGAAGGACACAUUAUCCAAGAGGUAUCCUGGCUUUGGUGCUACCAUGAACAUCCUGUAUGGUGAUGCCAUCUGUGGUAAAGGAUCCACCGAUAAGAUGAACUUCAUUAUAUCCCAUUACCAACAUUAUCUUGGCUUGAUGGGAGUUGGCCGUGAGCGCUCUGAAGAUAACUUGGAUUGUAGUGACCAGGUGGCUUUCAAUCCAUCAUCAGAGAGUUCUGACUUCUAAGAAUAUGUUUCAAAAAUCCUUGAAUGCUACCCUGUAUAUCUGGGCCCAGUAACUGGCUUCCCCAGGCUAUACUAUUGAAGCAGAAAAUUAAAAUCCAGUUAUGUGUCAAAUGCCUGUAAA